AUGUCCGCCGUAUCCAAACAUCGCCAGCCCCGGCUGCGGGCAUCGUGCGAUGGCUGCUUCCUCGCCAAGGUCAAAUGCUCCAAGGCACGGCCGAUCUGCUCGCGCUGUCUUGCCUGCGGCAUCGAGUGCCGCUACUCGCCGUCGAGCCGGGCCGGCAAACCCAAGGCGGACCACUCCAACAACCACAGCAGCAACAGCAGCAGCAAUAUCAGGAAUCCCAACAGCAGCAAUCACCACCACCACACCGCGCCGAUCCCGCACGACAUGUUGGCCGUCGCUGCCGGCUUCUCACCGUCCUACCGACUCAAUACGGGCUGGCCGCCAACGGCCGGGAUGGACAUCGCCGCAGGACAUGGCAUCGCGCGUCAUCCUUCCAUCUCGUCCGAGCUGGCCUUGCUCGCCAUGGACGAGAAUGCGUCUGCUACUGCCAUGGCCGCAGCAGCGGGCGGGGCGGUGCCUUGGUCCACGCCGCCGACAGACUUCCAGUUCGCACAGUUUUCUGGCUCGCCCAUCAGCGGCGUGCCGAUGCACGCGGCCGUCCAUGCCGACAUGGCCGUGGCCCCGUCCGCGGCGGCCAGUGGCAUGUCGUGGAUGGACCCGGCCGUGAUGGACAUGUUUCAGGGCCCGCCCCAACCAUACUCACAACAUGUACAGCAUGUACAGCAUGCACGACCACAGCCGCUGCCGCCAUCGCACUCUCACCUGCAACAGCAGCAACAGCAGCAACAGCAGGUGCCUACACCGGGCAGCAUCGCCUCGUCGUCGGCCAACAACUACUUUCCGAGCCCGUCCACGACACCCAGCCUACACCAGAGUCCAGCGGCCGGCCACAGGUCUGUGUCUCUCCCUGGCAGCGGUAGCGGCAGUGGGAUCAGUGGCGUCGGCUACCUCGGCAACUCGCCCGCCUCUGCCGCCUCUCCCCCCUGUGUCUGCUUUACGGCCUGCCUGUACGCCCUCCAGGCCUUGCACAACGCCUCGACGCCCACAGCACCGCCCUUUGAUGUCGUCUUGGCGCUCAACCGCAACGCCGUCGAGGGCUGUGCCGCCCUGCUGGCCUGUGCCCACUGCAUGCGCCGGUCCGGCACGCACACGGCCGCCAUGCUGCUGGCGACGCUGCUGGGGAAGAUUACGUCGUUUUACAAGACGGCGUCGCCGUCGCACUUUCGGCCACAUUCAACAGAAGCAGCAGCAGCAGCAUCAGCGACAGCAGCAGCAACAGUAGCCGCCGCAGGCAUGGGCGACAGACAUCAAAACAAUCAAAAUCACAGCGUUGACGCCGUCGAUUCUUUGGCCGCGGGCGCUGUGGACGAUACCACAGCGUCGUCGGUGUCUGCACUGCCUGUCCACGCCGACCACUCUUCGCCCACGAGCAACACCGCCGGUAUUCCGUUUCCUGCUGCCGGUUAUGGUCAUAGUCAUGGCCUUGGCCUCGGCGUCAGUCUAGGAGCAUACCAGCUCCAGGGCGAAGACGGUCGCUGGCUGGAGCUCGAGAUACUCAACCGCGAGCUUAAGAAGCUCGAAGAAGUCUACACGCGGUUCCACGAGGUGUGCGGCGACUUGCUCUUUGAAGACGUGGCCGUGUCCAAGGCCAUGUUCGGUUACCUGGGCCAAAACCUGGGCGCGGCCCUGGAGCUGGUGAACCACCGCAAAGACAGCCUGCCGUUUGCGUAG